AUGACAGGAAGAUCAUCACUUAACUAUGAUACAGUUUUUAAUUUAAUGAUCACAUGUCCUCUUAUUAGUAUAUCAUUGGGAAAAUAUAAAAUCAUUACAUCAGAUUUUGAGAAUGCAUUAAUGAAAUCAAUCAAAUCUAAAGUCAAUGAUGAAACUACAGUCACUGGUUGUAUAUUUCAUUAUAUAGCAGCUCUUGUUAAAAAUUUCAAAAAGUUAUGUGAUGAAAACGAUGUUUGCGCAAAAUCACUUUUAAAACUAUUAUGUGCAUGUCCUUUUGUUCCAAUAGAAGUUUUUGAAAUAAUUUGCAAAAAAUUAGAUGCGAUUAAAGAAAUAAAUGAUUUUGCAAAAUAUUUCUUAAAUACAUGGGGUAAAAAGUAUGAUGUAAUUAACAAGCUGAAAGUAUCUGAUAUGAUCUUUUCCAAUAAUGGAGUUGAGUCAUUUAACAAAGUGUUAAACUCUCAUAUUGCAUUCCCACAUCCAACUAUUUAUCAUAUGAUUUACAUCCUAUUGAAAGUUGAUAAGGCAGCAAAAUGA